UUUUUUUUUUUCUUCUCCAACUCAGCGCAAUUUGACAACGACGGUGAAGACACUCGCGAUCAACAAGGAGCGACGUUUCCGCCAGCGUGGAGCGAUUUGCACGACGAGUUUGGCUCCGGACGACUCCGGGGCCCGUACCGACUUUUCGACUCGGCCAUUUCACCAUUUCCGCGAGACGACUAGCCACCAUGGCGUCUGACAAGGAACAGAGCCCCGCCGUGGAGCACCCAGCGAAGUUGCAUGGCAGGGCCUUUUACGAGAGCAUCGGCAGCCCCAAGUUCGUUGUGGCUCCUAUGGUAGACCAAUCUGAGUUUGCUUGGCGAAUGCUCACCCGAUCCUUCCUCUCCCCCACCGAACAGUCCAGCCUGCUGGCUUAUACCCCGAUGCUUCACGCCCGUCUCUACUCAGAAGACGAAAAGUAUCGCAAGGCGCACUUCCAAGCCGUUCGCCCCGAGACCUCGACUCCAUGGCUCGACGGCAACCCUUCUAUCGACCGACCGCUCUUUGUUCAAUUUUGUGCCAACGACCCGACUGCCCUUCUCUCUGCCGCCAAGCAAGUCGCGCCGUAUUGCGAUGCUGUGGACCUGAACCUUGGCUGCCCCCAGGGCAUUGCACGAAAGGGCCACUAUGGAGCGUUUUUGCAGGAGGACCAGGACCUCAUCUUCCGACUGAUUAAUAACUUGCACAAGGAGCUGCCCGUCCCUGUUACGGCCAAGAUUCGUUUGUUGGAGACCAAGGAGAAGUCACUCGCCUACGCGCAAAAUGUGUUGAAGGCGGGGGCAUCUAUUCUGACGGUCCAUGGGCGAAGACGGGAGCAAAAGGGUCAUCUGACGGGCCUUGCAGACUGGAAGAUGAUUAGGUUCCUGAGGGAUAGCCUGCCGCCGGAUACGGUCAUCUUCGCAAACGGCAAUAUUCUCCAGGAAGGGGACCUCGAGAAGUGCCUUGAAGCAACCGGCGCUGAUGGUGUGAUGAGUGCCGAGGGCAACCUCAGCGACCCGGCCAUCUUCUCGAAGCCACCACCCAUCGGCGAGGAAGGCCGAGAGUACUGGAGAGGAAAGGACGGCAAGGGAGGAUGGAGAGUCGAUGCGGUGGCCAGACGAUAUAUCAAUAUUCUUCACGAGCACGCCCUUGGAAGCGAGCCUCCCAAGCGACGACCACUGUUCCUACCUGGCGACGAUACUGCGUGGAUCACGGAGAGCGCCGAGGACGAGCCAUCGGCGAAGCGGAGGAAGAUUAUCGGAAAGAAGCAAGACCAGGGCCCAAACAUGGGAGCUGUUCAACCCCAUCUCUUCCAUCUCCUGCGGCACUUUGUCUCCAAGCACACCGACGUGCGAGACAUGCUGGCCAAGAGUCGCGCGGGCGACAUCGAUGCGUACGAGCGAGUACUGGAAGCUGUCGAGCGCAAGGUGGCCGAGGGCCUGAUCGAGUACGAGCGAACAGAUGGCGCGAGCAUCGCAGAGCCGCCGUGCGAGGGCGAGGACUUACCGGAGGAGGAGAGCUCGGCGGCGACGAUGGCGCGGUGCCGGCGGCCGUGGUGGGUGACGCAGGCCAUUAUCCGGCCGCUGCCCAGCGAGGCGUUGAAGAAGGGCGCUAUUACGCUGAGCAAGAAGGACAGGGUGAAGCCGGAGACAGGGAAGGCCGGGGCUAAGCAAGAUGGGGAGACCAAGGCCGGCGAGCAAGAGAAGCAGCCGGAUACCAAGGCGACGAGCGAGGCUGCGGCUAAGUAACAGGUAUAUGCAGUUAGAUGGUAGAUAUUAGCAUGCAGAGGACAUCUGCUCGGCUGGAUAUAGACGGCGCAGGGGUCAAGUUGAUAUAUAGAAGCACAGCAACAACUGAACACUCGGUAGGGCCAUACCCAUUCCUCCUUGGC